AUGGUGGAAGAAUCGUUUUCCAAAUGCACUGAAAAUCGCGCUGAAAAGUCUGUGGCCAAGAAUAUCCCAGAAACCCCAGACACUGAAAUCAAUACGUAUGGCGAAAGCACGAGAGGAUUGGAAGCCAAGAAGAGUUCUAGGAGACAAUUGGCGAAGCAGAAAGGCGUCAGAAAUGAUCCACGUCCUUCGACAGAGACCUUAGUCAACAGACAUAAGUAUGAUGAGGGUCUGCGACGGGGCUUGCUCCAGGCUGCGAGAAGCAAUGAUCCUCUUCCGGAAUGGUUGCUUCGCCGGAAAUCCUAUGAUCGUGCGGGCGAGUUCUACGUCCGUCUGAAAGCAGAAUUAGUCGCCCCGGAGGAGCGUGAUCAGGCGAAAAUCACACGUCUGCUAGCUGAACUUCCUUCUUCACAGCAGCAAGGCACAAAUUACUACGACGACACCAAUGAGGCAAUACCCAGACAUGGCAUUGAUCAGGUCGAGGUGGCCGAUAGGGAGGUUAUCAACGAGGAACUAUUGGCCCGAGAGGUGAAGGGCGAUCGCGAAGUGUUUGAACCCUCGACGGAGUUGCAAUCAUACGCCGGAACACACUACAAGGCCCUGCGCAGAGGCCUACUCAAAGCUGCACACAAUGGCACUGUCCUUAGCGACUGGUUGAAGCUCCGCAACCCCUCCUCCCUGGGUGACUUUUGGGUUCGCUUGAAAGCGGAGCUGAUGGCUACCGAUCGUGAUCAAGCCAAGAUCAAGCGUAUGCUGGAUGAAUUCAGGGCUUCGGACCAGCGAAAUGCGGAUGCCACUCGCGAUAGACUCACUCUUGCUGAGGCAAUAGCGGAUGCAAACGAGAAAGACGAGGACGAUUCAGAGCAAGAGGGAUACCCUGGAAUGGACGAGGCAGAAACAAAAGUGCAAGGGCAACCAGACAUGGAUAUUGACGAGGAUGAGGACGACGACGUCUUUGUGCGUCGACCCAAGAGGCGUCAGCACCCGUUAGCUAGGUAA